AUGUCCUCUAAGGACAAGGCGAUGCAGCUCUGUGAUGCGGCGGAGCAACAACUGGCUGCAGAUGACCCUUCACUUGCCACUGCCUUCUACACAGCUGCAUUCAGCUGCAGCAUCCCAACAGCUGUUGAAAAAGUGGCUUCCCUGAGAGAAGAGUCACGUGCCAAAGUGACGGUCACUUUAUCAAAGUGGUGUCGGGAUGGCGGCCCCAUACCAAAGAUUCAGUAUGGCGGCCUGAAUUACACGUCUCUCAGCAUCGAAAUGGCAGCCAUUUUUCUCUCAACCCUCAACCCCAACAACAUGGCUGCCUCUCUCUGCAAGAUGGAGGCCCUGCUCAAACUGGGCCGCUACGAGGAAGUGCUGCGGCGUUGCGACUCUCUACUGGACGCCCAGCCUUGUGUGGAGCUGGCCCUCACCAGGGCGCUGGCCCAGGUGCUGUCACGGACCCACUUCCAAAAUGGCGUCACAGGUUAUCUGCGUGCUUUUGCGGAACGCCGGGAUGAGACGGUGAAGUUUGUGCGCAGUCGGCAAAAGGAGCACCUUCAGAGGAUCAUCCAGGCGUUUUUUGACUUUGUCUCACUUCAGGAGAAGACUCACUACGGCAAGGGGGGCUUGGAAAACUGGCGGAGUGACUGCUACAACUUCCUGGUUGCCAUUUCACCAGAAGACAUCCACACCUGCCAGGCCCAGCCAGCCCACCUCUUGGAGAAGCACAAAUGCAAGGAAGGCAUCUCUGCCUACAGCGAGGCAGCCAGUGGUGCAUUCUGGGACGAAAGAGCGUCUGGACUCCUCAUGGACAGGGCUGCUGUGUACUUCUCUCAGGGUGGGAGGGUGGCAGAGAUGAUACAGGACAUGGCAGCUGCCUUUGAGGCAAACCCCAGCCUGGCAGCGAGGCGCUUUGAGGCCCUUUUCACCACCGGGGAUGCUGAGAGGAUAGAAAAACAUGCCAGAGCAGCUCUGGAUCUGGAGUUUGCUGCUUACAGAGAAGCUGUGCGUGCCAGACCUGAGGUCCGGAGUGAUAGUGGCAAGGAGCUUCUUUCCCCAGUGAUCCGAACCCUUCGCUUCCUCAUUCAGAUUUCUCCAGGUGCCGGGCGCGAACUAAAUGUCCGCCUGGCAGACUGUUCCCUCUUGGAGGGCAAUGUCCAGAGUGCCUUGGAAAUCUGCAACCACCUUCUGGAUUCUGAGCAGGAGACCUAUUACAACACCCUUCUUGCCCUCCGGGGGUUCUGCCACCUCCAUGACAAACGCUGUGCAGAAGCCCUUCAGGAUUUCCAGAAGAUCAUAGAGUACAGCUCUCCACACCCCAGCAGUUGCAUCAAGGCUCUCUGUGGCCGUGGCUUAAUCCGAGCUUGGGGCAGUAGUCCUUACCUGACCGCCCUGGAUUAUAUCACUGCCUGUAGGUUUAGAUUUGAGGAAGCCAGCUUUGUCAUCAAGUCCUACAUACCGUGGAACCAGAGGGGCUUCCUGUUGAUCGUUCUACAAGAGGAAGCAAGGAAGAUACUGGAAAAGAACCGAGACCCCAGGGGCACAGCUGCCCUUCAGAACAAACCAAGAGGGCUGGAUGGAUUCCAGGUGAAAGAAGGGUAAGCAAAUCUCCCUGGACCAAUGCUUUACAAGACAAAUGAGUUGAUAUUGUAGUGCAGGGGUGGGGAAUCUCUGCCCUGUGGGCCAAAUUAGACUCAGCAUAAUAAUAAUAAUAAUAAUAAUAAUAAUAAUAAUAAUAAUUUAUUAUUUGUACCCCGCCCAUCUGGCUGGGUUUCCCCAGCCACUCUGGGCGGCUUCCAUAGAAACCCAAAAUACAGUAAAAUAUCACAGAUUAAAAGCUUCCCUGAACAGGGCUGCCUUAAGAUGCCCUCUAAAUGUCAGGUAGUUAUUUAUUGCUUUGACAUCUGAUGGGAGGGCAUUCCACAGGGCGGGCGCCACUACCGAGAAGGCCCUCUGCCUGGUUCCCUGUAGCUUUGCUUCUCGCAAUGAGGGAACCGCCAGAAGGCCCUCGGCGCUGGACCUCAGCGUCCGGGCAGAAGGAUGGGGGUGGAGACGCUCCUUCAGGUAUACUGGGCCGAGGCCAUUUAGGGCUUUAAAGGUCAACACCAACACUUUGAAUUGUGCUCGGAAACGUACUGGGAGCCAAUGUAGGUCUUUCAAGACCGGUGUUAUGUAGUCUCGGCGGCCGCCCCCAGUCACCAGUCUAGCUGCCGCAUUCUGGAUUAAUUGUAGUUUCCGGGUCACCUUCAAAGGUAGCCCCACGUAGAGCGCAUUGCAGUAGUCCAAGUGGGAGAUAACCAGAGCAUGCACCACUCUGGCGAGACAGUCCGCGGGCAGGUAGGGUCUCAGCCUGCGUACCAGGUGGAGUUGGUAGACAGCUGCCCUGGAUACAGAAUUGACCUGUGCCUCCAUGGACAGCUGUGAGUCCAAAAUGACUCCCAGGCUGCGCACCUGGUCCUUCAGGGGCACAGUUACCCUAUUCAGGACCAGGGAGUCCUCCACACCAGCCCGCCCCCUGUCUCCCAAAAACAAUACUUCUGUCUUGUCAGGAUUCAACUUCAAUCCAUUAGCCGCCAUCCAUCCUCCAACCGCCUCCAGGCACUCACACAGGACCUUCACCGCCUUCACUGGUUCUGAUUUGAAAGAGAGGUAGAGCUGGGUAUCAUCUGCAUAUUGAUGGACACCCAGUCCAAAUCCCCUGAUGAUCUCUCCCAGCGGCUUCAUAUAGAUGUUAAAAAGCAUGGGGGAGAGGACGGAACCCUGAGGCACCCCACAAGUGAGGGCCCAGGGGUCUGAACACUCAUCCCCCACCACCACUUUCUGAACACGGCCCAGGAGGAAGGAGCGAAACCACUGUAUAACAGUGCCCCCAGCUCCCAGCCCCUCUAGACGGUCCAGAAGGAUGUUAUGGUCGAUUGUAUCAAAGGCCGCUGAGAGAUCCAGCAGAACCAGGAAACAACUCUCACCUUUGUCCCUAGCUCGCCGGAGAUCAUCAACCAGUGCGACCAAGGCAGUUUCAGUCCCAUGGUGAGGCCUGAAUCCCGAUUGGAAGGGAUCCAAAUGGUCCGCAUCCUCCAGGCGUGCCUGGAGUUGUUCAGCAACCACGCGCUCAAUCACCUUGCCCAAGAAUGGAAGAUUUGAGACUGGGCGAUAGUUGGCCAUACUGGCCGGGUCUAAAGAUGGUUUAUUAAGAAGCGGUUUAAUGACCGCCUCUUUCAGCGGAUCUGGGAAUGUUCCCUCACAGAGGGAAGCAUUCACCACCCCGCAGAGCCCAUCGCACAGCCCUUCCCGGCUUGCUUUUAUUAGCCAGGAUGGGCAAGGAUCAAGGAGACAGGUGGUUGCUUUCACGCGUCCAAGCAGCCUGUCCACAUCCUCAGGGGUAACGGAUUGAAAUUGAUUCCAUGCAACUUGACCAGACAGAGCUCUAGCACUCUCCCGCCCUGGCCCUGCUCCCACGGUGGUGUCUAGCUCCUUCCGAAUAUGAGUGAUUUUAUCUGCAAAAAACUUUGCAAAAUCGUUGCAGGAGAUCUUGGGGUCUUUACAAUGCCCCGGUGGUAAAGGUGGUUCCGUUAAAUUGCGAACCACCUGAAAGAGUCUCCUGCUACUAUUUUCUGCAGAUGCAAUAGAGGCGGUGAAGAAAGUCUUCUUCGCCGUCGCUAUCGCCACUUGGUAGGCUCGACGUUGAGCUCUAACCUGUGUCCGGUCAGAUUCGGAGUGAGUUUUCUGCCACCGACGCUCUAGCCGUCUCAGCGAUUGUUUCAUCGCCCUCAGCUCCGAAAAAAACCACGGGGCUGUCCGGGCUCCAUGCAAUCGGAGAGGGCGCUUCGGAGCCAGACAGUCGAUAGCCCUGGUUAACUCCGCAUUCCAGCGGGCCACCGGGGAAUCAGCUGAAAGGCCAUCAACAAGGGCUAAAGCAUCCCCUACCACUCUCUGGAAACCAUUUGGAUCCAUUAAGUGGCGGGGGCGGACCAUCCGAAUUGGUCCCACCUCCCUGCAGAGGGGAAGGGUCGCGGAGAGGGGAAGGGUCGCAGGCCUCCCCAAUUGGAAAGGGGAAGGGGAAGGGUCACAGAGGGGAAGGGUCGCAGGCCUCCCCAAUUGGAAAUGAAUGCCAUUUCUGCUCUGCCACACUCACCCAGACAUCCAUCUGGCAUCAUUAUACCUAUAGGGCAGGUUAAGAUGCAGCUAGGCCUGGAAAAGUGUUUCAGGCACCUUUCAGCAGAUUGGUGGCACCUGCAAAGUCCUGUGUUCGAAUGGGGAAGCUUUUUGGCCCAGCAGGUCAAAUCUUUAUCUCCCCAUCUGCCCACAGGCCAACUUCGACAGGUGGGUGGGGCCAACCACCUCUCAUGAGCACUUCUCCAUUGCAUGUGUGAAGCUCUCCUUGACUUUUUUAAAUUAAAAAAAUAUUUUAUUUUGACAAAGUAAUAACCAAAAAUAAAUAAGGAUAAAAAUGUGCACCCCACCACCAAGACCAUUCCAUUGUAACUAUCCAACCUCACAAAAUUUCAACACCUCUUGAGAUGGUUUGACCACUUUCCGUUUAUUAUUAUUAUUAUUUCUACCCCACCCAACAGUACAAAUUCUACAAACACCUUCCAUAUCUCCUCAAAAUCAACUCUCCUGCAUAUUCCCCAUCUUACCGUAAUGGCACAUGUUAAUUCAUCAUUAAUAGCUAUAUCCCACAUCUGUUUAUACCAUUCUUCCAUUUUAUAUUCUGCUGGCCCCUUCCACUUUCAUUCAGCUAUCAAUAAAUUUGUGAGCAAGUCCUUCAUAGUCUGCGAACCUUCCACCCCAUCGUAAAUUGAUAGUAAUGCUGCCUCUGGACCUUCAGUCAGCUUUAACUCAAUGAUUUCUGUUAUCUCCUUAAACACCCUUUGCCGGAAAAAUAGUACAUAUUUACACCCCCACCACAUGUGAAUAUAAUUCCCUGUUUCCUGGCAUCCCCUCCAACAUAACACUGAAUAUUCCUUGUUCUCCUUGCCUUUUAAGCCUCUCCUUGUGCUUUGUACACCCUGCAGAGACCUAAAUAACGCUGUCCAUCUUUCUUGGGCUGCCUUCAGGGCUACUGUAGACAUGUUGUUUGGAUACUGGAAAGACCUAAUAUACAAGUGUUAGAGAACAAAAGAGAGAUAAUCUGUGGGAACACCCCUACUCCGCCCCCCUCUUUUUUUCAGCGAUGCAUCUGGAGCUCACCAGCUGGCUUCUCUCCUGUUGGACCUGGAUGCUUCAGAUGAAACAUCUCAGCUCCUCAGUGCUGAUGCUCUGUACCAAAUGGAUCGAUUAGAUGAAGCUCACAAGGUCCUGUUGGUGGCUCUCUCCAAAACCUCCCAGAGAUCUGCCUUCUUGGCCAGGCUGGCUCUGCUUCAGUUGAAGAAAGGCUUUCUAUAUGAUUGCAACCAGGUAAGAGCAGUGGGAUGGGGAAGGCAUGCCAAAAGAAGGGGAAAUCAUCACUAAGGAAGCAACAAGGUAAAAUGCUAAAGGGUAACAAAGUGAAAUGAUUUUUUCAAUAUAUAGACAGAAAACCAAAUGACUUUGAUACCCAUAGAUAUGUUAACAACAUUUAUUACAUGAAAAUGGGGUUGAAUCUUAAACAAAAACAAAAACACACACAUGAAGAGACAAACAUCCAGAAAACAAAAGGCAGUGGACAAUCUUUCAUUGGCGGUUUGUAAACAGAGUCUGGAUGGCUGCAAGUCAGGGAUUCUUUAGCUGUGAUUAUCAGGGGUUAUAUUAGAUGACACUUGGGAUUCCUUCCAAUUCUAUGAGACUACCAAAUAUAAAAGCUCUAUAAUACAACAACUGAAACAGAUAAACAUGCAAACUGAACGUAUGUCAAAAUAAUAUAUCCACAGUGUGUGAACAACCAUGGAAUAAUCUAAGUGAAAAAGAACCCCUCUAAGCUGUGUAUGAUAUGUUCUUGUAGAUCCUCAAUCAUAUUCUUUAGAUAUGCUGAAAUGCCACCAGAAUAUGAUCUUGGUCAGGUUUUACAGUCCAGCCCACAACUGCUUCUUACCCUAGAAAGAGAGACGCAUUCACUGUCUGAGUGACUGUACUCCAAACGAUGCUGCUCUAUAAUAACUUGCUUUUAACACACAACGAUUGCAUGGUAGCUGAAAUAAUCCACAAUGGUAGUUCUACUCUGCAUAGGCCCAUUGAAGUAAAUGAGUGUGACCAACUUAGCCCCAUUCAUUUCAAUGGGUCUACUCUGUGCAAGACUCAGUUGAAUACAACCCAUUGCCUUUAAGCUAUCAGUUAAGACCAUGGGAGAGUGGGGCAGAACAUCUGCAUUGCAUUCAGUGAGUCACUGUUCAGUCCCUGACUUUGCCACUUAAAAGGGUCAAGUAGCAGGCAAGGGAAAAAUCUUCAUCCUGAGACCUUGGAGAGGGGCUGCCAGCCAGAGCAGACCAGAAGUAGCCAGUGCGGUACCCUACAGAUGCUAUGAACUCCAAUUCCCCAUUCCUGCUGUGUCCUAAAUCCCCAUUCUGAAAUCCAGAUGUGCGGUGAACCAUUGGCAGGGCAGGAAUUUUUGCAAAAAUCAAAAGCACGUCCCUUGGCCAUGAAUUAAGAUUGUUGACUUUUGGAAAGUUAGUUCAGAACAACCUAUAACUUAACAGCAGAGGGCACUCUUAUCUUUGCUUAGGACUCACAGAAAAUCACAGUGUCCGCAUAGGAACCUAUUUUAGCUGCUUUUUGUAGAGAUACUCAAGACAUAUAGCCCUGGCUUACAUGCAAGGGCAUGGCUGUCUAGGCUUUGGAGAGCUAACAAAAACAUCUUAAUCCUGUGCUAUUUUAACACAUCACAACUCUGAUAAAAGAUCCUGUAAUCUGUAAGGAAUUUGCUUGAUUGGAUCUGCUUCUUCCAGGCAUAUUGGGAAAGGAGUUAGAUGGGGCAAUGAAAUCUCUGCCCCCAGCUGCUGGAAAUCUUACUCUAUGUACCCUGCUUCCCAGAAACUAUCUGCAUGCACCCACUUUGCUCUUUCCAAAACAAUACCUGAACUGAAACACAGCCAUCCUUCGGAAUUCACACUUCUCCACAUUUUGCAAUGCCUUUCUCCAAUCCAAAAAUGUGUGUAUUGGGGGGAAGAGUGAAUAAUAAAUGUAGUGCAUCUAAAUAUGUGAUGUUGGGGGAAAUUGCUUGCAAAAGUUGUACAUUAGGAGAAAUUUGCACUAAAAUGCUGAUACAUUUCAACGGAAUUUAUUUAUUUUUUUAAUUGCAAACUGACAUGCAAAUGUGGAGAACCGAACCUAAGACAGGAGGCGAGGGAAUGAGAAAUGUCCGAAACCCAAAAUGGACAGAUCCACCCAUCUGCCCGGGUUUCUUUAGUUGUGAUUCCUGCACUAUAGAUGGCUCUUGGGGUUCCCUUCCGACUCGACAGUUCUGUGAUUCAUCUCUAAAUCUUGGUGCUGAUUCAUCUUUUCUCUGUGUUUCCUUUACUGAAGCUGCUCAAGAAAAUGACCCAAACUGGGGAGACCUCCUGCCUCCUGAUGGUCGUGAAGAUUUUAAAAGAGGAAGAUAGAGCAUUGUUGCAAAGCCACUGUCACUCCAGGGCCAUGACGAUCCUAAAGAACAAGCAAGGGGGAGGUUACAUCAAAGAAGCCAUCGUCUACCUCUCCUUUGCCAUCACCGCAGCAGGUGAGACACCCCACUGUAGUCAACUUUGCACAAAACCAGGCGCGCAGGUCAAUACUAAUGGGCAAAACCUAUCCCUCCCCCUUUAUUUCUACAGGUUUUUUUAAUUCCCCAUGCUCUUGAAUAUAUAUGGGGACUGGACUACUUCAAUGCACUCUUUGUGGGGCUGCCCUUGAAGAUAAUAAUAAUAAUAAUAAUGAUAAUAAUAAUAAAAUAGUAAAAUUUUAUUUAUAUCCCGCCCUCCCCAGCCGAAGCCAGGCUCAGAGCAGCUAACAACAGUAAAAUAAUAGAGCAUACUAAAACCAAUUCAAGAUGGCAAGGGAACUUCAAUGGCUUCCAGAUCAUAGCAGCCACAUUACUGCCUGGGGUUGCAUUCAGAUCUCAUAUAUGUCAGUUUGCAUUUCUUAGUACAGAAAGCAUUGAUCUGAUAGUGUACAGAUCUUUCCUAUUCUACUUAAUUCAAGAGGGUUCUGGAAGCUUCUCUACAUGAAAGAAACAAGCAGAAGGUUCAUGAUGUUUGGGUUAUUCCUUCAGAGAAGCUGAGUUCAGCUGGUUUAAACUGGUUCUGUUAUAUCUUUCUGUCAAGGUCAUGCUGACUAUAAGAGUGAGGCCAGAAGGAGCCUGGGUUUCAUUCUCUCUCUUUCUCUCUCUUUUCCUUUUGGUGUGGUGUUCUGUAUAUAGUGUUAAGGUUUAGUCUUCUUAUAAGUACAGUAUUGUAAGUUUAAAGUUAAGUCUGCUGCAACUGGAUUUUUUAUGGACAGUGCCAAUCCUGAAUGUAUUGGAUUUGUGACUAUUAUGCUCAUUUGCCUUCAGUAGCAAUAAAGCUGUACUGGAUGAAAUGCCUCUGCUCUAUUUUGGGGGGAAUCCUGCAACGUGUUUAAGUUGUUACUCUGCUAACUAUACAUUGGAAUCUACUCAGGAUCAAUAUUGAGUAGAAUUUAAAUGUCAAUGUAACCCCCCACCCCUACCCCCAUUUUAAAACAGUUGCAUUUGUCAGUUCUUUCUGGGCCCAGUUCAAGAUACUCACAUUAGUGCUUAAAAGCCCUAAAUGACUUGGGCCCCAAAUAUCUGAAAGAUCUGCCUGCUAUCUUUGCAUAUUUGAAAAGUCUGCCUGUUAUUUCUCCAGAUGCCAGGUUCAGAAUUGGUUGUUUUCUGGGCCCUGGGCAUAUGGCACGAGUUCCUGCAAAAGAAUAAAGCUCCAUUUUGUUCAGGGAGAUAAAAGGCACCCCUGUCUACCCGAAUUGCUUGCAGCUAGAGCAUAUCACGGAAGAGACUUGUCGCAGGGAGGAUUGCUGAGGCAACAAGUCUUUUCAAACUGGGUCAUGUGAUAGUCAGUUGACAGUCACUGAGAAGCAGUCAAGAGCCCAGCGGAGGAACCAAUGGGUGUUAGGUCUAGUUUCUACCAAACUGGCGAACCUGUGUCUGGGCUACAUCACUUCAAGAUUAAGUUGGGGCUCAGCAGAGCCAAGGCACAUCUAAUCAUAAUCAUAAUCCUGUCCAAGCAGCAGUUAAAGCCUUGGGACUAGGACCUAGGAGAUCAGGGUUACAAAUCCCCACUCAGCCAAGAAACUCACUGGGUGACCUUGGGCCAGUUACUGCUUCUCUCAGCCUCAUCUCCCUCACAGGGUUGUUGUGAAGCUAUAAUGGAGAAAGGGAGAGAAGCCAUGCACACCACCUUGAACUGCUUGGAGGAACGGUGGGACCAAAAUGCAAAAUUAAAAACAAUAACAGAAAAAAGCAGCUAUUAAAUACUAAUCUUAGAUAGAGCCUAACAAGUACUAAUCAGAAUUAAUUAGGAUGAUGGAAAAGGUUCUAUCUCAGAUUAGGCAUGUAAGGAUCUGUCAAAUUCACUUCUCCAAUCACUAAUUUCCCCAAUCUUAAAUUCACUUCUACACAUUUAGCAGCAAUUUGCAAAAAGCAAAAACAAACCAAAAAGAACCCUACGAUCCUCAUGAAAAUUCAUAAGGAUUUUAGUGCAAAUUUCUCUUAAUAUGCAGCAUUUUGACUGAUGUAACAUUUGUGCAAGCAAUUUUCAUUAAUGUUUCACUGAUAAUGUUUCAUUUUCAUGCACGCUUUCUGUUUUGCUCCAGGAGGUUAUGCUGUCGAUUCGCUUCUUAGCAGGGCCCGCUGUUACGGGCAUCUUGGGCUGAAGAAAACUGCCAUAUUUGAUUUCAAUGCCAUCCUAAAAGAAGACCCCACAAAUGCCCAGGCACUGAGUGGGAAAGGAUUUGUUCAUCUAGCUCUGAACCAGAAAAAGGUAAGAACGGGGUAGUUUUAUUUUUCUGUUUACUUACUUACUUACUAAACAAGACUUUGAGCCAGAGGAAGAAUCAUAGCUCAGUUGGUUAGAGCAUGGUGCUGAUAUUGCAAGGUUGCAAGUUGGGCCUAGUGGAUAUAAGGACAGUCCAAGACGAACCAUAGGAUCAUAGAACUGUAGAGUUGGAAGGGACCCCAAGGGUUAUCAAGCCCAACCCCUGCUAUUGCUGGCUGAGGCAAAGGACAAGAUAAUGCUCUCAGUCAGAGUCUGGGAGUCAGCUGGGCUGGUGGGGCUGACAGAUCUCUGCCCUCCAAUAGGACCCCAACCUCCGUUGCCCAAUUAUCCCAAAUGGCGGUGCCAAGUCUGAUUUUUUGGGGGGCGGGAGGGGGAGUUGUGCAGGGCUGCUCUAACCACUGCACCACUCGCUGGCUCUCAGGCCAUGCCAGGAUAAUGAUGUGAAGAAAGAGGAGGGGAAGAAUAAGAGGCCUGAGGGACAACAAGAGAGAGAAGAUCUGACUGAGCUAUAAAGGCUUUCCUUUCUCUCUCUGCUAAAUCCCAUAAAGGCCUGGAAGGGGACAAAAAGGGAUAUUUUGAUAAAGGUUAAACAGGAUUAACAUUUUGAAAACCCUCCCCCCCCACACUUCUCUCCCCCUCCCCUUUCAACCAUUAAAUGCAAACUGUGUCUGUAUCAGCAGCCCCCAAGUGGCCUGUCUUAAUGGGGAAGGUUGUGAUGGCUAGCUUAUCUGCCUUCCGAGAUAGCAGGCGCAUGACAGUGAAGAGGCUUUGAUGUUCCCUGUCGCAUGCAUCUUGCAUGCAUCUUUAAUACCUCGGGAUUGAAAAGAAAGCCCUUUGUUUACCAAACUAAUAGAAAAGGCAGAUAAUUAAAUGUCAUUUUGGCUUUGAGCAGGACAGGCGGGCAGGGGAAGCAUAGAAAUUAGCUCACAAUACUUUUGCUCUGGCUAAUUAAACUCUUUUAGCGCCUCCUUUGAUUUUGAAGGGCACACAGGAGUGUCUUAUAACACCUGGUAAGGGGCAGGAGCCAAUGUAGGGGAGAGUGACUGGUCUGUGCGCACUGUGCGCUGAGCCAAGAGGGUGUCACAACCAUGACUUAGAACAGAAGGCAAGAGGUGACCUUGAGCGAGUCGCUGACUCUCACCCUGAUGUACCUCACAGAGUCGUUGUAUGCCCUUGAGCUCCUUGAAGAAAAUGGUGGAAUAUAAAUGCAAAUAUUGUUGUUGUUGAUAAUGAUAAUCAGGGCUUUUUCCCCCCAACCAGAGUGUGCUGGAGCACAGUUCCAGCACCUUUUUCCGGAGCCUCCAAACAACAACUCAUGGUGCUGAGCCCUGGCAUGAACCAACUCCUGAACCAAUGACUCUUCCUCCUUCUCCCUCACACACACAACCAAUGCUGAGACGACUGUGCUAUUGCUCCUCCCCAUAGGCAGAGGCCGCUGUGAGGCCUACCCGCAGGCUGCUGAGCCAUCCCUUCUUCCUCCUCACUCUGGCUGCUCUAGCAGGAGGCAGCGGGGAAGCCCAUGGCGCUGGAGGAAGCAAGUGAGGAGAGAGGGGGGAGUGGAGAAGAAGCCAGACUGUGGUGUGAGCGGAUCACUGCAAGGAGGAGGAGGAGGAGGAGGAGGAGGAGGAGGAGGAGGAGGAGGAGGAAGAAGAAAAGAAGAAGAAGAAGAAGAAGAAGAAGAAGAAGAAGAAGAAGAAGAAGCAGCAGCAGCAGCAGCAGCAGCAGCCGCCCAGGUGCCCAGGGAUGACCACAAGCCUGUGGAUGGGAGACAACUGAUAAUAAUGACAACAGAUGAUGUAAACCAACCAGAGCUGUGCUUUUUUAAAAAAAACUACUCUUGUUUUAUCCACAUAGGAGGCUGUGCACGAUCUGACCUCAGCCCUAAGAGCCAACCCAGCCGUAGCAGUUCAAGAAAUUCUUUCAUUAAAGGAGGAGGCCCAGGUGUUGAUCCAUCAGUGGUUGUAUGACCACUGCUGGACUAGGCUGUCGGAGUUCGUUGCUACCAAAGAGCCACCCGUUGGAGAUACACUGAAGGACCUCGCUGUAGCCGGGGCACUGCUUGUGAAAAUAAAGAGCAAGGACACAGAGAGUCACAUGCUUUAUGUGGACCUUUUAGCUGCCGAUGGUAAGAGAACUUUCAAAUAUCUUGGAGUACCGUCUCAUUAUUUGGCAUUACUGUCACCCACUGUUUCUUAGCAACAAAUGGAACCUGGUUAGUCUUCCCAAGGUGUGAUGAUUAUCAGCUUAUGAUAGGGCAGAAGCCCCAGUGUUGCAGGAUGCGCUCCCUGCUGAAACAUGGAAGAGGCCCCAUCAGCAUUGGCAUUCUGCCGGCUUUCGAUAAUGCAGCUGUUUACCCAGGUGUUCCCUUGAUCUCUUCACCUGAGUCUCCUGUUUGAACUGCUGUGUGCAUUUUAAUUGUGGUUGUUUAGAUUGUAAUGUUUCUGUAGCUUGUUUUUAUACUUCGUAAAUAGCUUAGAAGUCUAUUCUGACAUUAAGCAGAAUGAUGAUGAUGAUGAUGAUCUAGGGUUGCCAUAUUUCAAAAAGUAGAAACCAGGACACACCAAACAUUUUAACAAAAACGCACACACAAAAAAGUGAUUUUUCGAUUGACUUGCCUAAAAUCCAGGACAAAGCGCCACAUGGAACACCAUCAGAAUAAGCUCCAGGUGAGCUUCCCUGAUGGGCAGGGAGAGACUGAGGAAAUAACUUUCCCAUUUUGCUUCUUCUUGUUGUUCUGAUCACAAAGGGGUUCCAAAAGCUUCCUUAUUUUAUCAACAGCAGUUAUGAACUGGUUUUCUAAUGGAAAAAUCCCUUGUGUCAGUGCAUGGAAUAUUAAAAUCACAGUUUGAAAUGUGGGCACACAUUUCAAUUUCGUAUGUUCAGAGUAUGUUGCAUGUGGAUGUCUCAUGUCAGUCACCUUUACAACAGUUUUGUAAGGUAGGCUGAUACCAAUAUUCCCUUGGAGCCCCUCAGAGAUCCAUUGGGCAGGCAGCUGCCAUUUACUGCAUCAACAGAAGCAUAGUGACCAGAUCGAGGAAAGUAAUAACACCACUCUGUUCUGCUUUGGUUGUACAAAAAUGUCCAUGUUAGGAGAAAGUCAUGCUAAGAUUCUGAUGAAUUUUCGUGAGAAUGUCAUCUUCUUUCUUUUAAGUUCAAAUUGAUGUGGAAAUUUAAGAAGGAAACAUUAGAAACUGAGAGAAGCAAGAACUAUAUUAGCCUAUAGUAACCAGUUUAUUGAUGUUCAUUGGCAGGGAGAGACAAUGAGGCUCUGGCGCACCUCCAGGGAGAGUUUGGUCACUCUGCACCCAAUGAUUCCAUCAAUGCUCGCUUUGGAAUGCUCCAAGCCAAGAAGAGCCACAUGAAUGUCGCAGCCCAUAUUUUGGCCAGUUUGGCCACAAAUUACAAAGAUAUAGGAUACCUGAUGAGCUUCCUGGACACCAAGCAACGGCAAAACCUUGCUCAGGUAAAGCUGCCUGCUUGAUGCAAAUGAUGUCUGUUUUUCAGCUGAAGUUAUCCCUGCUUCUCCACCAGUGAACAUACCAACUCGUCUAAUUGAACACUAUCAUAUUGGGAGAUAUGCUGGAGAAACAAGAGAGCAGUUGAACAGAUAGAUCUGGGAUGGAGAGCCUGUGGCCUUCCAGAUCUUGUUGGGCUGCAGCUCCCACCAUCCUUGACCAUUGUCCAAGCUGGCUGGGGCUGAUGGGACUUGGAGUUCCUAUCAUGCAUGGAGGACCACAAGUUCCUUAUCUCCAGAUGUUGCUGGACUCCAAUUCCUAUUGUGUCUGACUCUGUUCCUACAUUCUGUGUUCCUCAGCAGGGUUGAUGGGACUUGGAGCCCAGAAACACCUGGAGGGUCACAGGUUCACAAUCUUUUCUACAAUGCAAGCUGGAGAACCUGUGGACCUCAAUAUAGUGCUGAACUGCAGAUCCCAUCAUCCUUGACCAUGGCUUCCCAGCUGUUUUGGACUACAACUCCCAUCAUCCCUAGCUAGCAGAAUCAGUGGUCAGGGAUGAUGGGCAUUGUAGUCCAAAAACAGAUGGAGACCCAAGUUUGGAAAACCCUGUCCUUGACCAUUGCCCAGAGCAGCUGGGGCCAAUGGAAAAGUCCCAACAAUGUAUAGAGUAGCCACAGGUUCCUCAUCACCAUAUUUUUGGACUACAACUCCUAUCAUGUCUGUUCCUACAUUCUGAAUUCACCAUGCUGUUCACCAUGCUGGCUGGGGUAGAAGGGAGUUGGGACCUCAUCUGCGUUCAUUCUCUCUCUCUCUCUCUCACUCACUCUGCUCAGGAUUGCACCAGUAUCAGUUUGGAGGUGAAAGAGAGAUCCCGCAUCCUGGUUCUCCCAGAUGAUACCUGUUCAGCUUACCCAGGAUGUUGGCUUUGUUCCCCUGAUCCUGUUCUCUCCCAUUGCAAGUGACACCCAUCCUUUUUCAAAAACAAACAAGCUGUUUGUGGAUUCUGUGAAUCAGGCUGGCCUGAACAAACACAAAACAGCUCCUCCCUAUAAAUAAAAAAAACAGCCACAAAAAACACCACCCUGUGUUGUGUGCUGAUAUGCUUAAUAAAUAAAGGGCCUGGAGAGGACUGUUUUGUAUGCACCCCUCGCAAGCCAGCAGGAGGGUGUUAAGUAAGCAAGUAUUAAUUUAUCAAUCCCUGAGGCAAAGAACCUCUCUUCUCUAAAUCAGGCAGGCAGUCGGAGGGGGCAUAUCUCUUCUGGGAGAAAGAAGCUGGGAGAUUUUAAGAACUAAUUGCCAAUCACCGACUUAAUGUGGGAGUUAAAAGGACGACCAAGAACAUUACUCCAGGGGGGCAAAGUGACUCCUUACUUAGAAGCGAAAUGUUUCUUAGCUACAUGCAUUUAGCUGCCUUUUCCCUAAGAGGUUUGCAUUUCUAGCAAACUAGAUUUGCAAGCCUUCCCCCUCCCAAGGUGUCAGGGAGCAACCCUAGCCUAUUCCAAAUAAGCCAAAUUUUUUUUGCCUAUUCCAAAUAAACAAAUGCACCGGGGGGGGGGGCGCACAAAUGAGGGACACUUCCAAAUUGACAUGCAUAAGUGGACUUGUGUAUAUAUUCAUAAAAUCAUAGAAUUGUAGAGAUGGAAGGGACCCUAAGGAUCUUCUAGUCCAACCCCCUGCAAUGCAGGAAUAUGCAGUUGUCCCAUACAUUCCUUCCAUGUUGAGAUACAUCAGCAGCUUCAGCAUCAGUUACACUCAGGGCAAUGUUCCCUUCUUGGGGGCUGCAUGCCGGUGGUGGGUGAAGCCAGAGAAAAACAUGGGAGGAGCAAGGAAUGCAUUUUUUAAAAAAACUUUUGGGACAGUAGGUGAUUUUCUAAACACCCCCACCCACCCUUCUCUGUCCUCCUCCAAGGCAGGUAAGAAGCAUUCUCAGAAUUCAAGGACACAUUCCUCAAGGAGGAUUCAAAGCAGGGUUGGUGAGGCGAGUGGCUCAGAGACAUGUGUGGCGUUGGGAGAGUCCCAGACAGUAAAUUCAGGGACACCCCAUGACAUUUUCUUACCUGUUGUCAGGGAUUGGCUGGACGAAGUGGGGUGGUGGCAGGCACCAGCCGGAAACCCAAGGGAAACUCCAGAGGAGGAAGGCUCGAAGCCUGGGGAUUGGUGGUAGGACACCGAGGAAAGGUCAAAAGGAGAAGAUUGGGAGGAGAGGCUGGGUGCUGAAGGGGCAGAAGGGGUUAGUGAGCAGGAGGAAACUGUGACAGGGAGCAGUUCAGGCUCUGAGGCUGCAGCAGAGAUGGGGGGGUCAAGGGACAGCUGAAGAAUCCCUCUCCUGCUGUGACAAGCUCCCCUCCACCCUGGUCUGCAAGAACACAGAGAAUAAUGAGGAGAGCAGAACAGAGGCCAGAGAUGGGCAGAUGCAGUUUGAGACUGCCUGGGAAACAGCUGGAAGAGGAGGAGCCUUAGAAGGGGUGGAAGGCAGGGACCUUCAGUCCUGGAAACAGUUCCAUAGGGGCAAGAACCUACUGGGAAGUGUUAACUUCACUAGCAUGGCACUCUGCCUCGGGCGUGGUGACCUGCAUCUGACUCCAGCCCUGACACCUGUGCAGAAGUCCAUUUUACUGAUGAGCCCUGCACACCUCCGUCCACCAACAGCUGCCCUGUUUUGUCUAGUGGUGGUGCCAACCCUGAUACUCCCAGGUCACACAGGACUGUUCUAAGCACUGUCACUCUCAAUGAUUCUCAGGUCAUGCCAGGAGGCAUGAGCCAGGCUUAAAGACACAUUGCAGCCAGGGAAAAACUAUUGGGGAAGGGGUGAAGCACAGCAAGUGAGGAGGUGUGCCCUAGGGAGCAGAUAGAGAGGACUGGAGGGCUGCCUGCAGUUUUCAGGCCUGCAGUUCCCCACCUCUGGCCUGUGACAUUAUGGGAAAUUUGAACAGUGGGUCUGUUUCCCAGUCCCAGCCGUUGCCCCAUGGAAAAAGGUGUGAGACCUUCAACCCCAGAACCCCCUGCCUUGAUCCCCUACAGUCAUCAAUCAGCAACCAACCAAAAAAUCAGUAUAACUAUACAAGUUAUUUUGGCAUCCCUCCAGUUGCCCUGAUAUUUUGGGAGCUAAAUUAGGCUGCCGUGUGCAUUAGCAGUAAUUUUAACAGAAGCAAUUUUCUUUCCAGCUCGCGUUGCCAGCUGUAAGAUGUGAGAUGCAAUAAAGGAACUUACUGGCAGCUGGUUUAAACAUGAAGCAUUUCCCUGGCCUUGGUCAAAGUCUUCAGCGAUAGCUCUUUUCAAAAUUCAGAGCUGCUGUUCCAGUGUGGAAUGAAAAGAAUGAGGCAGGUGGGUGUGUUUAGUCUGGAAAAGAGAAGACUGAGAGGUGAGAUAAUAGCUGUCUUCAAAUAUCUGAAGGGCUGCCAAAUGGAAGAUGGAGCAAGCUUGUUUUCUCCUGCAGGACCUGAACCAGUGGAUUCAAAGGACAAGAAAGGAGAUUCCUUCUAAACAUUAGGAAGAACUUUCUGACGGUAAGAGCUGUUCAACAGUUUAAUAGAAUCCCUCUGAAGGUGGUGGACUCCUUCAUUUGAGGGGGUUUUUUAACAGAUGUUGGAUGGCCACCUGUAAGGGACUCCUUAGCUGUGAUUCCUGCAUUGCAGGCGGUUGGGCUAGAUGACCCUGAGGGUCCUUUCCAACUCUGCAGUUCUAUGAUUCUGUUAAUAUAGCCAGUGAUAUAGUCACUUUAACCACAAUGCCACACUCCUUCAAGAACACAAGGCAUGGAUGAGCUCAUUUUAGUAAAGAGUAGAAUAAGGCAAGAAGAUCAAACCGAUCCAUUCUUAAGGAAAUCAGCCCUGAGUGCUCACUGGAAGGACAAAUCCUGAAGCUGAGGCUCCAAUACUUUGGCCACCUCAUGAGAAGAGAAGACUCCCUGGAAAAGACCCUGAUGUUGGGAAAGAUUGAGGGCACAAGGAGAAGGGGAUGACAGAGGACGAGAUGGUUGGACAGUGUUCUCAAAGCUACGAACAUGAGUUUGACCAAACUGUGGGAGGCAGUGGAAGACAGGAGUGCCUGGUGUGCUCUGGUCCAUGAGGUCACGAAGAGUCGGACAACUAAACAACAACAACAACUAAACAAGGAUUGUCAACUAAGCCCCCCUUUUUUUUACUCAGAGGAGACCCACUGAAAUUAAUAGAUCUAAUCUAAGUCAUGUCCAUUAAUUUCAAUGAGUUCGUUAUUUACUUCAGGAUAGAUACAUUCAGAGUAGACCCAUUGGAGUUAAUGGUCUUAAGCUAGAGGCAGAGCCAUUCUAGUUGCAUCCCCGUCCUUCUCCCUGCUGAGUUCUACUGGGACAAAGAAGGAAGAGGAUGGGCAAUACCACCCUCUAGACUGGUUGUAAGUAAAAAUGACCAGCUGAGAGAAGAUUCAGAUUGGUGGGGCAAUACCCUAUUUGCCCUGAUAAAGCAGCCCUCUGCACCGCUUGUCGGUGGCAUUGUUUAUUACUUAAACAUUUGCUCUGCAGCAGUGUGGUGAAAGCGCUGUUUUCGUUUCUGAGCACUAAAGGAGCAGUAAUGAGAAAUCCAUUAGAGCCACGGUGUCCUAAUGAAGGUCUCCUGAUUGAAAUGGAAGGAAAGAGCUAACUCCUAGGGGCUGUGGGGGCUUCGGCCCCCAUAAUAAAAUAUUUGAGAUAUUUUCUCCACGUGAUGUUAUCUGAGUUAUCAAUAUUCUUCCUUGUUCAUCUUUAAAUAGUUUUUUGGGGGUUCCAACUCUGGUUUUAUAUACAUUACAACUCCUCUCUUUUUUGUUAAAUCAGAGGUUGCAAAGUCCUUUCCCAGACUUCGAUUUAUCAAAAUUCUUCUAUGUUUCUUUGCAAUGUGUGUUUCUUGGAGGCAUAUCACACCCAAAUUUAUAGCUUCUUUACAACAUGUUCAAUUUUAUUCCUUUUAGUCUUAUUAUUCAGUCUGUUUACAUGCCAAGUUAGAAUUUUCAAAUCCAUCUUGUUCCAUAUUUAUUUCUCUUUCGCCUCCAUUUCUGUUGAAUCUUCCUCUUCCUGUCCAGCUUCCAGUCCCCUGUCUGGAAUCCUAGAGAUGUCCAACACUCAGUGGUAGAGCAUCUGCCUUGCAUGCAGAAGGUCUGUGUUCAGUUCCCAGCAUCUACAAAUAGAGCUGAAAAAGUCCAUCUGAAACCCUGGAGAGCCAGUCUAGACCAGAGUUUCCCAAGCUUGGGUCUCCAGGUGUAUUUGGACUACAACUCACAUCAUGCCUAGCUGGCAGGACCAGUGGUCAGGGAAUUGUAGCCCCAAAAUAACUGGAGACCCAAGUUUGGGAAACACUGGUCUAGACAUUACAGAGUUAGAUGGACCAAUGUUCUCACAUGAUAGAAGACAGCGUCUUGUGCUUCUAUGGCACUACAAUGAGGAUGAUGAGAGUUGUUAGGAGACUCUCUACUCCCCCCCCAAAGAGCUACAAUUCCCAGAGCUCCCUGAGAAGAGGGAUUGUCUGUCAAACCGCUCUGGGAAUUGUAGCUGCGUGUGAAGAAUAGGGGUCUUCUAGCAACUCUCAACAUGUGUUGAGUGUUAAAGUGGUAUGAUACUGCUUUUAAAUGUAUAGUGCAGUUGGGGUCUUAGUAUGGUGCAACUGGAUUUUCUGUAUCCUUUGCAUGUUGUGAUUGAUGAGCUAUGAUGUGAUCCUUCCUCCAUUUCCUCAGAAUAUUACUCAGAGCUUCUAGUUUGCACUAUGAGAGCAGGAUGUUAGAUCAGAUGCUCCUUUGGCCAGAUCCAGUAGGCGCUUAUUAUUUUAGUUUCACCCACUUCACAGAGAGAUUAAUUCAUCAGCCCCAGGAUUCCUAGAAAGACAUCCAAAACUGGUGAGAAGGAGAAAGAACAACCAAAUUACUGCUUUAAUUUGUGCUGGUACAUGCUGACCUCCCCACCCACCACCCCUGGCAGAAAUGUCGCUACGGCUACUUAAACCUCUUCUUGCAUAGCUCACAAGUGUUUGGCGUGGAAAAUCCAGAUUGGUUUCAAAUUGUCACUUCAGGCUGAAUUCUGUGUUCCCUUUAGUAGAUGACAUAGAGCAUACUAUCCGAGAGCAACAGUGGUGUCGUGCAAGCAACUUUAUAAGCACACGGUCCUCAUUUAUGUAUUUUUCUUCAAAUGAAAGCAUCAUGAGUUAUUGGAUCCUAAGCAUGUGUGCUUGGGAAGUAAAGUCAUGGUGAAUUUACAGGAACAUAAGAUGCUAUCUUAGGUCAAGUCAAACCAUUGGUUCAUCUAGCUCAGUAUUGUCAACACCCACUGGCAGUGCCUCUCCGAGGUUUCAGAUAGGGGGUAUUCCCAGUCCCACUUGAAAAUGCCAGGGAUUGAUCCUGGGGCAACAUCCAUGCAAAACAGACAGAGGGAAUUCCCAAUGUUGUCCAGAAAUUCAAGAGUUUAAAAUUAUAGAAUCAUAGAAUUGUAGAAUGGAAAUGGAUGUCCAAGUUCAUCUAGUCCAGGGGUGGCCAACUCCCAAGAGACUGCGAUCUACUCACAGAGUUAAAAACUGGUAGUGACCUACCCCCCUUUUGGGGGUUCAGGUCAAAAUUGUUGAGCUUUACUUAGGGAGGAGGAAAGCCCCGUUUUUCUGGGGUUCAGGUCAAACAUGUUGAUCUUUUUUUAGGGGAGCCGAAUUUGUUGAGCUUCUUUGGGGGGAGCCAGUGAUCUACCAGUGAUCUACCACAGACGUGCAGUGAUCUACCAGUAGGUCUCGAUCUACCUGCUGGACAUGCCUGAUCUAGUCCAAUGCAGGAAUCACAGCUAAAGAAUCCCUGACAGAUGGCCAUCCAACCUCUGGUUACAAACUUCCAAUGAAGAAAAGUCCACCAUCUUCCAAGUGAGUCCAUUCCACUAUCGAACAGCUCCUACUGUGAGAAAGUUCUUCCUAAUGAUUAGUCACAGUCUCCUUCCUUGUCUUUUGAAUCAAUGGGUUAGGGUCCUACUCUCUGGAGCAGCAGAGGACAAACUUGCUCCAUAUCACAGUCUCCAGACUAAACAUACCCAAACCCUUCAUAGCCAACUUCUUGGGACUUUCGGCAUGCAAAGCAAAUACUCCACCACUGAGCUACAGCUCUUUAGUCAGACUUACUUCUGAGAAAAGAACCUAAUUUAGGACUGGGGGUAACCAAUAUUCUUCCUGUCUCUAGGUUGCUUCCAAAGAAGGAAAUGCACUGGUGAAGGAGCAAUUCUACACAAAGGCUGUUGGCUACUACUCACUGGCCGUCUUGGCAAGUAAUGGCAAUCCACGAUAUCUCCGCCAACGUGCUGCUUGCCUAGCCCACCUGAAGGACUACAAUAAGGCUUUGACGGACAUGGACAAGGUGAUCUCCAACCACGGGAAGAACAGCCUGAAGACUCAGAUUGAGGACUACUGCUUGCAGGGACAUCUGCUCUUGUCCACCUCCAAGGAGGAACUGGCGGUCAAGCGGUACAUCCAAGCUCUUCAGCUGGGACAGUCUUUGGCUCUGACCAUCAUUGCUGCCGAUCACGAUGGGGAUGCACUGUCCAAAGCAUUCCUGCAAACUGCUCAGUCCUCCUUUGCAGCAAAACGUUAUGAAGAAUCCUGGAAGACUGCAGAGUAUGGGCUGAUGAUCAACCAAAACAACGCUGAGCUUAAGAGACUUAAAAUAAGACUUAAACGGGAGGCAUCUGGAUGCAGAGUACAAUAAUUUAUUCAGUCUGGGUCACAGGAGGCUUUCUCAUGACCUGCAUUUUUAAAUCAACCAUCUCAGUUUGCAUUUCCCAAAGUAACAUAUUUACUAGAACAUAGUUACUCAUCAGUUUUCACACAUUGCUCAAUGUUGUGAUACUAUAGCUCCCCAAAAAUGUAGCAGAGAGCAUAUUUUAGAGAUGAGACAUACAAGUGUGUAUUUUAUGAGACAGUGUGUUGAAAAUUAAUGUGAUUUUUUGUGCAUUUUUUUAAAUUGCAGAGUAGUGCAGAAAUGGACUUAGGAAUGAGCACAUUCAAAGCAGACACAGACAGACAAAUGAAUGGAUCCAUCCUUCCUUAUUCUUCAGUGCUUUUGUUCAGCAAACCUCCACAAGCACACAUUUUCUUCUUUCUUUUCUCUCUCUUUUGCUUGUAAAGACCAGAGAACAAAUAUGGAGGUGCCUUUUAUUCUGUAGCACCCUGUUUCUUGAAUGCCCUCCAUAUAACAAAAUCAUACUGUCCAAGUUGUGAAUUUUUAUUUUUUUAAAUCAAACGAAUAUUCGAAAGGCAGGAAGAAGGUAA